AUGACAACCAAUCAGACCAUAGAUGAAAUUAAAAUAGAACUCGAAAAAGCAGCCAAUAAAGAUAUUAAUAUCAAAAUUCACUACGAAAUUAAUACAUCAGUUGACUUUUUGGAUAUUGCUAUAAUCAGCGAGCAUGAUCAACUAAAAACCUGUCUUUACCAUAAACCAACAGCUGAACCUUAUAUAUUACCAUACACAUCCGAUCAUCCACGACAUAUUCAUCGUAAUAUACCAUAUGCUGCUCUACUACGUGCUGCUCAUAUUUGUUCUGAUGUACAGGACUUCAACACAGAAUGUAUUCGUAUUGAUAUGUCACUAUUAUUAAAUAGUUAUCCACCAAUUUGUAUCACAAAACAAAUCUAUCGAUUCUUCCAACUGAACAAUGUCAUGCCUGUUUUAAAUCAAUUGAAUGAUCCAGUUUAUCAUAGGCUACAUCAAAAAUUAUUGUAUCAACCUGCACGACGUGAAAAACAACUUCAUCUUAUGACACAAGAUUCAAUUCGAUCACCAACAGUAUUGCAACAGAAGAUAUGCUAUCCAAACAUAAUAUAUCCACGUUAUCUCUUCGACAGUUCUACGUCGAUCAAUUUCAGAACAAAAUUUAAUAAAUGGUGGCGAACAUACUAUGCAUAUAACGGAUCAACUUUGAAAAAUGUUAAAGUUCGACUAGUACCAAGUACAAAUUCGAUUCUAGAAACAUUCUUUAUCCACAAGAAACCUUCAAAAGCAUGCUGA